UAUCUCCUAAACGGUAAGGAAUUUUACAAAUUUGAUUCCAGAUUCGUGUUUGUCGCAUCAAAGACCAUAAGAUUCAGAAGUUUGAGCGAUUUUUAUUUUCCAUAAAAAAUUGAUGGUAAUCAAAAAUGUACCAUAGUAAGCUACGGAAGACAAACACGCUAGUAUUGUGUAUUAAAUGCGAUCGUAAAUGUGUAUUAUAAUCGAUAGUGACUCUACUGUUGAUGAUAAGAAUCUUUAAUUUCAUUUGAUCACGAAAAAAAAUAUUGAAACAAACAAUAUUGUUAUCAUCAUUUUUUAUAAAUAAUGUUUAAUACUUAUUGCUCAUUGCCAAUUAUUAUGUUUACUACUAUCAUUAUUAUUUAUUAUCUAAAUUUUUUGUCGUAGAAUCUAACUUGAAUUGAUUACAAAUUUUUGGUUAUAAUAGAAUUUGACAUGAUAUCCAGAUGUAUAAAAUCAAGCAAUCUUCCUACAUUACAUUUUGGUGAAAAACACAAAUAGAAAUUUGUCAACAAAUUUUUAUGUGGUUUUAAAAAGUGGUUGACAACCACUGUGUUUUUCAUUAAGGAAAAAUACCACAUCACACAUAACAAGAUUAAAUUUUGGUUUGAGUGAAUUUGAAUUUUAUCGUGAAAAUUGUUACGGCGAGAAUAUUAUCAAACAUGUACUGUAGUAGGCUACUGAAGACAAGCACGCUACUAUUUUAAUCAAAAUUAUGAAUUGUCCCAUAAUUGUAAAUGUGUAUUAUAAUCGAUAGUGACUCUACUGUUGAUGAUAAGAAUCUUUAAUUUCAUUUGAUCACGAAAAAGCCAUUAAUUUGGUAAAUAUGAUGCCCGGACUAAGAGUUAUUAUUCAUUAUCUACUCAUGCAGAGAAGGCCUGAUCUGUUUAAACAUGAAUGACUACAAAAAAAUCACAACAAUCCUGCUUCUUAUGUUUUUCUACGUGAGAAGUGAUGUUCUUUUCGAUGAUUAUGCGGGCCCAUACUCGUUUGUAAGGAACCACAUUGGCUUUGAAUAUUGUCCAAUCACUGGAAAAGCAUGUGGAAAGACCACUUACUCAAGACGAAAAAUACCAAACUCCGACAAUUGGGUUUAUAAUGCAUCUUUAUUCAACUACAUAUAUGUGCAAAGAACAACCACUGUGAGUAGAAAAAUGCGUGUAAUAGCCACAACUCGAGGUUCAAGCGGCCGGUAUCAGAGUCUUUUCGACAUGACACUGGCCACCUGUGAUUGGACAGAGUUCAUUCGUCCUUUGGCCAUUGAAUUCAUCGAAUUUGCUGGCUACAAGUACAAAUGCUAUUCUGUAUUACCGGGAGAAUACACAAUCAAGAACUUUGUUCUGGACCACGAGCGCUACAACAGGAUUGUGCAGAUUCCAAUAGCUCCAUACGGCUUCUACCGGGUCGAGUUUCGCAUCUCGGAAGCAGACAACGUCAACUGCUUUUGUUUCCGUCUCUAUCUGAAAGUUGUGCCUGAUGCCAAAGCCAUAAGAGAGCUGCAGCGAAACCAGACUGCGAUCAACAUUUUCACAGCUGUCAAGAACCCACUGACGUAUUGGCAUACGAAAAAUUAGGGACGCAUGAUUUAGGUUUAGCAGAAACUUGAAAGACCUUUUACUGCCCAUCACCCCUAACUCCAUGACAUAAUUUUUGAACCAACAGUUUCUAUAGUGAGCUCCAUGUUUAAUGACAAUAUUUGAUUAACAUCAGUGUUGUUAUCCUUGUCUAUCAUUCUACAACGCAGAUAGCGCUAUCUUUUCCUUGCUCCGCUCUAGCUCUACACCAUUCACGAAAAAUUAGGGACGUAAAACGAUAUCUUACGUUUAGCAGAGAGCUGAUGGAAAUUUAAAGGUCUCCUAACACCCAGAGUGUAGCUAGAAAUGGGUCUUCUAGAAGACGUAGCCGUACUAUCUCCCAAUUUUAAAUCAAUACCGUACUACGCUGGUGUAAAAUGGAAAAAUUGAUUAACAUUAGGUGAUACGUCGGAUAUGUCUUCCGAAGACAUAUUUCUAGCAAAGCUACGCUAGGUGUGUGAAGGACGGACCUCUACUGUCCGUUUCCACCUACCCACUGUCAAAAGUUUUAAACCAACAAAUUUCUAAUAGGCGUACCUAAUUUCUUAGUAACGUUCUCAGUCUUCCCCUGAAACUUGUAUGUUUAAAUCUAUUAGGAGUUUGUAACUGUUUCCUGGUACGUAUUUUCAUUUUUACUUAUUUCAAACAAUGUAGUACAAAAAUGCAUAAUAAGUUGUCUUUCAGUGUCGUCAUAGACAAUUAUUUAGUUCAAAAUAGUUGGUACUAUAAUAUGAGAUACAAUAAUUAGUAGCAUAGUUUAGUUCAGUAUUGUCUUUGGAAUGGUAAUUUGUAACAUCACACUCAUUGUAUUUAGAACACGCCCUGGGUAACAAAUAUAUUAUGUUCAUAA